GAAUUCAGUAUAAUUAAAAGUCGCCGGUAGCACAGAUCGUGUGCUGAUCGAAAUGAACUACGGGUGUUUAGCGAUUUCUCUGUCGAUCUUGGCCUUGGCCGUGCUAUCCCACGGUGCCAAUUUGCCGUCCAACAAAAUUGUUGAAAAGAAGAGUCUUGAACAGUGUUUUCCUGUUAUAAAGCCCAUCCUCGAACAUUUUAUAGAGCUCACUUCGGCGGUCGAUACCACCAACGAACUAAACCAAAAAAUAAUUUCGUUGUCGGGUACUAUUAAGGAUUUGGAGAGCAAGCUGGCCAUUGCUGAGGUGCAACUUAAAUCCAAGAAUGAGGCAAUUUACGCAGAAAACUAUUUUAUUAAAAUGCAGUCCCAAUUAGCGGAUGCUAGGUCCAAGGAUCAAGACAACCUAAUAAAGUUAAAGGAUGAACAAAUCGCGGAUUCGAAAGCAAAUAUUAACGACUUGAAAAAGCAGUUGCUAAGUGCUGAGGAUCAAGUCAAAACCGUAGAAGAUGUUUUAAAAGUUAAAUCUAGGGAAUUGGAUGACAAAACCGAGGAACUCGAACGUAAAGAUGACCUUAUAAAACUAAAAGAUUAUGAGAUCAGCCAUCUAAUCGAAGUGAUGAAGAACAAAAGCGAUGAAAUUAAUGAGCUACGUACUCAACUUUCGGCUACAGACACCGAAAUUGGGGCUUUAAACUAUCAAAUGAUAUCGAAUUUCGAAGAAAUGACUGAUAAAGAAUUUCAACUUUUAACGUGCAUUGCAACAGACAGUUGUCUAGCUGGCUGCCCAAGUGAUAUUUAUAAAAUGAAGUUACCCGAAAUGGAUUUAUUCGAAGCUCCCUGCAAUUCAAGUGGCUGGAUGACUAUCCAAAGGCGUCAGGAUGGCUCGGUGGAAUUUGAUCUGGAUUUUAAGGAAUAUAAGGAUGGAUUUGGCGAUUUAGCUGGAGAAUUUUUCUUGGGACUAGAGAAACUUCACCGGUUGACCAAAGAUAGACCUCACGAGCUCUUUAUCAAGCUAGGCUUGGCUGAUGAGUCCACAAGCUAUGCUCACUACGACAGCUUUGAAAUUGCCGGGGAGGAAGAUAAUUACCUUCUAGUAUCGGUGGGCGAUUAUUCCGGUACAGCCGGAGACGCCUUAAGUGAACUGGUGGGGUCAGUGUUCAGCUCCGUUGAUCGGCCUAAUCCAAAAGAUUGUGUUACAACUAACACUGGCGGUUGGUGGUACAGCAAAUGCUCAUACAUAAGUGCGCUUAAUGGAAAAUACCACGAGGAUGGGAAGUGCCCAGAAUUUACCGGAAUUCGUUGGAUCACUUGGGAGGAAGAUGAUGCGGCUUCUCUUACCUUUACUGAAAUGCUGAUAAGGCCCAAAUCCCAGUAAGCUUUAAAUGUAAAGGAAAAAAUAUGAUUUCUUUUGCAAAUAAUUAAAAUACAAGGAACUUAUUAAUUUUUUGUAAUUUUCAUUAGGUCUUGUCUAUGAAAUAAAGCAAAUACAUACUAAAUUCUUUUGGGAA